UAAAAAAAUUAAUUGCUAUCAACUGUUUAGUUUCGGACCAAGAAAGAGAGCGCAACCGCAACAGCUAAGAAAGGAGAGAGAGAGAAAGAGAGAGAGAGUUUGUGGAAUUUUCUUCUUCUUUUCCUUUUGAUUUUUCUCUCAGAUUGUUCAUGUUAUGCAAUUAAAGGACUGCCGUUUGAUUGAUUGAUCUUCGUUUUUCUUGUAGCUUAGAGCAUGUUGACAGAUAGGUACAUUUCAUAAUCAUAUGUAGAAAAACUGACUUCUAUUUGAGACUCAAGAGAAAGCAUUGGCUCAGACAUCACAAACAUGUGACUGUAGACUGACAUAUUUGUGAAUAACCAUUAACAGGAUUUGAAAGUUUCAAGAGAAGAAGUUGUUUGCAUUCCACCUGCUAGUGGAAUAUCUGCAUUUUGCAGCAAUGAGUUUUGUUUUCCGAGGGACUAGAGGAGAUAUAGAAAGCGGGUUUUCGGGAUUUAUUCCUGAACGUCCUGCUGUGCGUAUACAUGCAGCCCGACCGGUUAAUUCCAAUUCACUGGCCUUUCUCGUUACAGUUCUGUUGCUGUUUAUGAUUUUAAACUCUCACCAAAUGUCACCAAACUUUCUGCUUUGGGUAGUAGUGGGUGUCUUUUUAAUGGCUACGAGCCUGAGGAUGUAUGCAACUUGUCAGCAACUUCAAGCUCGGGCCCGAGCUCAUGCUGCAGCAGCUAGUGGUUUGCUAGGCCAUACCGAGUUGCGUUUGCACAUGCCACCAUCAAUUGCUUUUGCUACAAGAGGACGCUUACAAGGACUAAGACUCCAACUUGCACUUCUUGACCGUGAAUUUGAUGACCUGGAUUAUGAAACCCUGAGAGCAUUAGAUUCUGAUAAUACUUCCACAACUCCUUCAAUGAGUGAGGAAGAGAUAAAUGCCUUACCUGUGCACAAGUACAAGGUCCCCGGCCCAGAGAGUGCUGGAUCAUCACUGCAGCAGGCAUCAUCUUCAUCAGCCUCUAUCGAGCCAAAGCAAGAUUCUAGGAAAGCUGAUGGGAGUAUGAAGGCUUCAGAAGAUGAACUAACUUGUACUAUUUGCUUGGAUCAAGUUAACAGGGGGGAGCUUGUUCGUAGCUUGCCAUGUCUGCAUCAGUUCCAUGCCAGCUGUAUUGAUCCGUGGCUGCGGCAACAAGGCACAUGUCCUGUAUGUAAGUUUAAAAUGGGGUCAGUAUGGCAGGAAAACAGGGGGAGUGAGUCAGAUGAUUCAGACAUGGUGUAACUUGACCCCCCUAGUAACACAAUCUGUAUAUGCAGUAAAGUAUAUCUAUUAUGUUUGCAGUUACAUGAAAAGUAAUGUUUUUUGGAUUGUGUUUGUAAAUAUCCUCGUCAGUAUGUUAUCUAUCAUGGACUUCAUGAAAGAAAAUGAGGGUAUAGGUUCAUCAUGCUUAGCCUUGUACCUUUAACUGUAAAAAAUUCCAUAUGAUCUCAUCUAAUAUACUCUGUGUGAGGUCAUUGGUUCCUUUUGGAUAGAUUUGUAGCUUUAUUUUUUUU